AAGCCCCUGAUCCUUGGUUGGACGAUUUUCACUAAAAUCCACAGAGGCUCACAUUAUUUGUCGACAUCCAGUUUUCAAAGAGCCUUUUUUUCCCCUCGUGAAAUACCAGAAAACACAAGGUCUGUAAGCACAGCCCCGCUUGGUUCUUGCUGGCUUGAAACUCCUCCUUGGAUCACAUUUAAGAAGGGGGGAAAGGUUCAGGAUGUGCCAUCACAUCAUGAUAGCGAUUAUUUUAUUCAAUCAGGACGAGUUGAGCGACAUCUGAAUGGACGUUGGCACUUCCUGCAGAUAGACUGCAUAGCAGUGUACUGUGAGUUCAACUCUGUGGCAGGUUGAGCACUUAGCUGCACAAUGGCUGACUGGGAGUAUGACUAUCUGAUCAAGCUGCUGGCACUCGGCGACUCAGGGGUGGGAAAGACCACCUACCUCUACAGGUACACCGACAACAAGUUUAACCACAAGUUCACAACAACAGUGGGCAUCGACUUCAGGGAAAAGAGAGUGGUGUACACAGGGAAAGGUGCUGAUGGGGCAACUGAGAGAAACUUCCAAAUCCACCUUCAGCUUUGGGAUACAGCGGGACAAGAGAGGUUCCGCAGUAUCACCACAGCUUUCUUCAGAGACGCCAUGGGCUUCCUGCUGAUGUUCGACUUGACCAAUCAGCAAAGUUUCCUCAACAUCAGGAACUGGAUGAGUCAGCUACAGGCCAACGCGUACUGUGAUAGUCCAGAUGUCGUGUUGGUGGGCACCAAGGCAGACCUCCGGGAUGUGAGAGAUGUUAACGGCAGACAGGCCAGAGAUCUGGCAGACAAAUACGGAAUCCCCUACUUUGAGACGAGUGCAGUGACGGGUGUUGAUGUGGACCAGGCAGUGACCACCCUGCUGGACCUGGUGAUGAAGAGGAUGGAGCAGAACACUCAGGGAGGCCACAGCUCUGAACCCAACGGCAGCCCCAUCACUAGCCAUCAGGUGGAGGAGGCUCCUGUCAGGAGGAGGUGUGCCUGCUGAUGUCACCACCAGCAGCCACUCUUUUCACGUUUGCCCUAAUAACGCUGCAUUUUUAAAAUGCUACUGUUUUCUGGAGAUGGACUAGGGUGCCUGCUAGGUGAGUGGACCAAUUGCGAUCUUAAAUAUCUAAAAUAUUACCCAUACUUGGGAGGAAAUCUGGCCCAAUAUUGUAGUUACAGUGUGAAUUCCUCUCUUAACAUUUGCUGUCUGUGAUGUUAUUUAUUCAGACUUUGCAUUGUAAGAAGUGAGAAAGAGGAGAUAGAAGGGUACAAUAAUUCAAAAAUGUAUGUAGUAAAUGAAUACAGGUAUUGUUGUAAAGACAAAGACAAAAAAAGAGUCAAUUAUCAUCUAAAAAUGGGUUAUAUCAGAGAAAAAUACUGUUUUUAUUUUACACAUUGAGGCAUUGAUGGAAGGAAUAUGCAGGCACAUAACAUAUUUAUCAUGGAGUAUAAUCAAAAAACAUUUAAGACAUGGUUAUAUUUCUUAUGUAGAUGAUCAUUUUUGUUAGAACAACCAAGAUAACAAAGUCACUUACAUGAUUUAUGACUUUUUUACGACAUGUACAUAAGCAGCCAAGCUUUUAAUGCAUUAUGGAACAAAGUUGCCAUGCAGAUCGAACACAAGUACAAGAAUGUUAAAGGGUUGUCGGAACAAAUCCUGUAUAGUGCUGCAUUUGGAAUAAAGACAUUUUAUGUUUAGGUUUAGGUUAUGUAAUGCACAAAAAGCUAUACUGUUAUUCUGACUGGAAAUACAAUCCUCACAGACUUUGUUAGCAUCAUUAUUGUUUACACACAUUCUACACAUUGAUUUUGAUUUCAUUAAAAGAGGAACUUAAAAUGUCCUGCAUUCAUGUCAGUGGAUUUAUCAAACAAAUAGAUCUAUAGGAGGACAUUCAUGGAGUCACAAAUAAAUUUCACCACAUUACUUUGGCUGAAGCCAAAAAAAGCAAAACGUUUUAAAAGGAUUUUUGUGCCACAAAAUGUGAUAUUCAACAUCAAAUUCAACAUCAAAAAAGGGAUACUCCAUUUCUCAUACAAUAAUAGUCGUUGUUAGUUGUCAUACAGCUUUCAAAAUCCUAAAUCAGUCUUUAUCAAGCUAACAUUUCUCCUUUGCACAUGGUCUUUGGUGUAACUACAAAACAUUCCUAAGGGACCACAGAAAUUAUCCUUAAAUGUACACAUCUAUGACAUCAAUUAAAUUGCCUAAAAUUCUAACUUUUUCAUCAGAUAUGUGAUUUCAUGGUGGUGACUGCACUGUGAUUUGGAGACGAGACACAAAAGUUAACCAUCUGAAAUAUUCAUCUUGUGUAAAAGAGACAAAAAGAAAUGCUUUGUGUGGGACGGGAUGCCGGGCAAAGGCCUACCACGCUAAAUCUGAAGGAGCACAAAAGCACACACUACUAUCUGGUAAGUGUGAAUGGCUGCAUUGCUCUGUUUAAUAAACCUCAGCCAGAGUUUGCAACAAGGAGCACAUUGCAGAGUCAUGAGACGAAUCAUGUGGCCAGCAUUCAACCCCCCCCAUAUCCACCAGUCUGCAGUCUGGUAUGACGGGGUGGACUGUUUUUGAGAACCCAAGGUUAUCUACAAUUACAAAAAAUAAAGUUUGUUCAUUUUUAACUUGAUCAGUAGAGGUUUGGUCCCAUGUGGAAUAUUUUAGGGUUCUUUUUGUUAGCCUUGAAACGUCUCAUACAAAGACACUGGUAAUAGUCUUAAGGAAUACACCAUUAGGAAUACACACAAAUGCAAAGAACUACAUUUUUACCCCACAACAAUCUUCAAAAAGGUUGUAUAAAACUAGCCUAAAAGAUUUGUUAGUGCCUCACAUGCAAUGUCAUUUAAAUGGAUCAUGCUCUUCAUACUAGAUGCAGUAAGUCAUAUAACAUUCAUUCAUCCUCUGUUUUAUGUCGUAUUGGAAUUAAUAUGGUUACAUGAUGAAUAAAUAACUAACCCUCCCAUUGUCAACAAAAGCUCUGUAAUACAUACUGUAUUCUCUUGCUUAGUAUUUUUAUAAUUUAAAUAGUGGUAAACCUCAGGAUCA